ACAAAGGCCAUUGACCAUUGUUUCUGUUGUGUGGAUGUGUUGAAAACAAACCCGCUGGGCCUGCACUGUUUUGUGUCGCUGUUGCCGUGACCCGGCUCAGCAGGUACACGAGUUAAUGUCCCUGCGUUAACACAGUUGUCGGGGCUGUGUCACACACGCAGAGUCGCCGCGAGAGGGAGGGACUUAGGCGAUGAGACAAUGCUCGUGUUUGUGCAACGGCUCCUGAGUGGAGGCUGGCUCUCUCCGCUUGCUCUGGCUUGGCUACCGCUGAUGCACGCAUGGUUGAAGGGAGACGGGAAAGCGGACGGCUGGAUCCAGGCUGUGGGAUGCACCGACAGAGGCGGCAGCAGCACAAAGUUUGAGCAGUGGUGUGAGGGAGAGGCAAAGCGCAGAGGGGCUGGCCUUCAAGAUACAGAUCCAACAUUGGUUUUGGCCCCAACAGAAAAAGGGUGUCCACCAGAGGAGGGGAAAGCAGCCUGCUGGCGUCACAAUAAAGGACGCAGUGAGCUACAUUAGCGGGCAGAGUAAGGCCAUCGCGGGAAGAAAACCAGGAGGAGAACGUGGGUGGAGGACGACGAAGGGAGUUGAGGGCCGAGAGCCCAAACACGAGCAAGAUGACGGACAAUAAGAUAAGCCUCCCUGCUAAGCUGAUUAAUGGGGGCGUGGCGGGCCUUGUUGGUGUGACAUGUGUAUUUCCUAUUGAUCUGGCCAAGACCCGCCUACAGAACCAGCAGGGCACCCAAGUGUACAAGGGAAUGUGGGACUGUCUAGCGAAGACGGUGCGCUCAGAAGGCUAUUUUGGAUGCUACAGAGGUGCAGCAGUCAACCUCACUCUCGUCACACCGGAAAAGGCCAUCAAACUGGCCGCUAACGAUGCCUUCAGACAGAAGCUCUCAAAGGAUGGCCAUUUGCCCUUGUGGGGGGAGGUUCUGGCAGGGUGCGGGGCUGGUACCUGUCAGGUGGUGGUCACCACACCGAUGGAGAUGCUGAAAAUCCAGCUACAGGACGCAGGGAGGCUGGCUGCCCAGAGUAAAGUCCACACACCAGCUCAGGCUACUGGUCCCGGGCCAGCUCCAUCAUUGGUGGCACCCCAGCCGGCCCGACCCGGUCCUGCCCAGCGUGCAUCUGCCACCAGCAUCACAAUGGAGUUGCUGAAGACUCGAGGUCUAAGUGGUCUCUAUAGGGGAGCAGGAGCCACCUUAAUGAGGGAUGUCCCCUUCUCAAUGAUCUACUUCCCACUGUUUGCCAACCUGAACUCGCUGGGGAGGGAAAAAGACGGAAGUCCGAGCGCCGUGCAGGCCCGGGCACCUUUCUGGCAGUCCUUUGUGGCCGGCUGCGCUGCAGGCUCGGUGGCAGCUGUGGCCGUCACGCCACUGGACGUCAUAAAAACUCGCCUGCAAACACUGCAAAAAGGCGAAGGAGAGGACAGCUACAGAGGAAUCAUGGACUGCACACGGCGCAUCAUGAGGCGAGAGGGGCCGUCAGCUUUCCUAAAGGGCGCAACGUGUCGCGCGCUGGUCAUCGCCCCCCUUUUUGGCAUUGCACAGGGCGUCUACUUUCUUGGAGUCGGGGAGAUGCUGCUAGGCUUGCUGGGAUAGACUCCUGCCAUGUUGCCACGGCCUCGCCACCUUUUGCCGCGUCAACCAGCAGUACCCUGUGCACAACAGAGGGACCCGGGAGUACGGAGAAGAGGGUGAGAAGAGGGUCUGCUUGUGAACCCAGGGUUACCGGGCUGCAGGCAACAGGGCUCCAUUGGUCAACAGGGUCCUUUGCAUGGGGAUCAACCGGCCUCCUCGCUGCCACACAUCCCAGGCUGUUCCUUGAACCCACAAAAGACAAUCUGGUUUGAAGUUUUCAUACACAUUAAACAAUUGAUCCAUCUACGCCUGCCGUGUUAUGUUAUGCAUCCCUCCCACUCCAUUCGUGAGUUCCGAGUUGUAAUCUUCAGAUUCCCUGCCUGGAUUGGCAAGAGCGACCUGUCACUAGGUUGUUUGCUAAUCUGAUGCUAAUGAUUUAAUCCCUGUACACACAUGCAUGAGCUGACUUCCGGGUGAAAGACUCCACGCUGCUGUGCUACUGUAUUUAAACCUCCACUUCCUCCUUCAAGGAGGAUUGGACUAAGCCAUACUGAGUGUGUAGCUUCACAAGAUAACACAACAUGUACAAACGCCUUAUUGUUCUUGUACGUUUUGAGUAUCAUCAAACAAUUAAGCACUAAAACAUUUUUAUAUAAAAACACAUGCACUGCUGUAGUUGGUAUAACUAGGCUACUUCAUUUUACCAAUGUAGUGUAAACUGUUUGUUUACAACUUGUAAAUAAAGACGCAAGUCUUCAGUGUCCCACUUAUUUACUUUUUAAAAUAAAACACACAUACAGUUGUCCCUCA